CAAACCUUAGGCAGAAUGGAGGAACACACAGAGGCAGGCUCUGUACCAGGCCCGGGAAACCAGAAGGUCCUAAUUAACAACUCUGCUGACAUCCUGGUCAUUGCUGCUUAUUUCCUGCUGGUCAUUGGUGUCGGCUUGUGGUCCAUGUGCAGAACCAACAGAGGCACCGUUGGCGGCUACUUCCUGGCAGGACGAAGCAUGGUGUGGUGGCCGGUCGGGGCCUCUCUCUUUGCCAGCAACAUCGGCAGUGGCCACUUUGUGGGCCUGGCAGGGACUGGUGCUGCAAGCGGCUUGGCUGUGGCUGGAUUUGAGUGGAAUGCGCUGUUCGUGGUGCUGUUGCUGGGCUGGCUCUUCGCGCCGGUGUACCUGACGGCGGGCGUCAUUACCAUGCCGCAAUACCUGCGCAAGCGCUUCGGAGGCCACCGUAUCCGCCUCUACUUGUCAGUGCUCUCGCUUUUUCUGUACAUCUUCACCAAGAUUUCGGUGGACAUGUUCUCUGGCGCAGUAUUCAUUCAACAGGCUCUGGGCUGGAACAUCUAUGCCUCCGUCAUCGCCCUUCUGGGCAUCACCAUGAUCUACACUGUGACAGGAGGGCUGGCAGCGCUGAUGUACACAGAUACCGUGCAGACCUUUGUCAUUCUUGGGGGGGCCUUCAUCCUCAUGGGUUACGCCUUCCACGAAGUGGGAGGGUAUUCAGGGCUUUUCGACAAAUACUUGGGGGCAAUGACGUCGCUGACGGUUUCUGAGGAUCCGGCGGUGGGAAACAUCUCGAGUUCUUGCUAUCGACCUCGGCCGGACUCCUACCACCUGCUCCGGGACCCUGUGACGGGGGACCUGCCAUGGCCCGCGCUGCUCCUGGGUCUCACCAUUGUCUCAGGCUGGUACUGGUGCAGCGACCAGGUCAUCGUGCAGCGCUGUCUGGCCGGGAAGAACCUGACCCACAUCAAGGCAGGCUGCAUACUGUGUGGCUACUUGAAGCUGAUGCCUAUGUUCCUCAUGGUCAUGCCAGGCAUGAUCAGCCGCAUUCUUUAUCCAGACGAGGUGGCGUGCGUGGUGCCUGAGGUGUGUAAGCGAGUGUGCGGUACCGAAGUGGGCUGCUCCAACAUUGCCUACCCGCGGCUUGUUGUGAAGCUCAUGCCCAAUGGUCUGCGCGGACUCAUGCUGGCAGUCAUGCUGGCGGCGCUCAUGUCCUCACUGGCUUCCAUCUUUAACAGCAGUAGCACACUUUUCACUAUGGACAUCUACACACGCCUGCGGCCCUGUGCAGGCGACCGGGAGCUGCUGCUAGUAGGACGGCUCUGGGUGGUGUUCAUCGUGGCUGUGUCCGUGGCCUGGCUACCCAUCGUGCAGGCAGCGCAGGGCGGGCAGCUCUUUGACUACAUACAGGCAGUCUCCAGCUAUCUGGCGCCACCUGUGUCUGCUGUCUUCGUGCUGGCGCUCUUUGUGCCCCGUGUCAACGAGAAGGGUGCCUUCUGGGGACUGAUUGGGGGCCUGCUUAUGGGUCUAGCGCGCCUUAUUCCUGAGUUCUCCUAUGGCUCGGGCAGCUGUGUGCAACCCUCAGUGUGCCCAGCACUCCUCUGCGGCAUGCAUUACCUCUACUUUGCCAUCGUGCUCUUCGUCUGCUCUGGCCUCCUCACCCUUGUCAUCUCACUGUGCACGGCACCCAUCCCACGCAAGCAUCUCCACCGCCUGGUUUUCAGUCUACGGCACAGCAAGGAGGAGCGAGAGGACCUGGAUGCUGAUGAGCUGGAAGGUCCAACCUCACCCCCCAUACAGAAUGGGUGUCCGGAGCAUGCGGUGGAGAUGGAGGAGCCCCAGCCCCCAGCACCUGGCCUGCUCCGCAGGUGCCUGCUCUGGUUCUGUGGAAUGAGUGGGGGUGGGGCCGGUAGUCCCCCAGCCCCUACUCAGGAGGAGAUGGCUGCGGCAGCCAGGCGGCUGGAGGACAUCAGUGAGGACUCGAGCUGGGCCCGUGUGGUCAACAUCAAUGCUCUGCUAAUGAUGGCUGUGGCCACUUUCUUCUGGGGCUUCUAUGCCUGAGGCCAACUG